CUCUCUGCUGUCUUCUGCCUUUCUACAUAUCAUACAAGACUAAUACUAUCUAAUUUUCCACCAUGGGUAUUGCUGCUGUUGAAGCUCAACCAAAAUAUCAUGUUCUUGCUGUUGAUGACAGCGUUAUUGACAGAAAGUUGAUUGAAAAACUCCUUAAAACUUCUUCUUAUCAAGUUACUGCUGUGGAUUCUGUGAGCAAGGCCUUGGAAUUCUUGGGGUUGUUGCACGAAGAAGAUGAGAGAAAUUCAGAAUUUUCUUCUGUCCAUUUGAUUAUCACAGAUUAUAGUAUGCCAGGAAUGACUGGUUAUGAUCUUCUAAGAAAAAUCAAGAAAUCUGCAUCAUUAAAAGACAUUCCAGUUGUGAUGAUGUCGUCGGAAAAUAUUCCUUCAAGAAUUAACAGAUGUUUGGAAGAAGGAGCUGAAGAAUUCUUUCUGAAGCCAGUUCAAUUAUCAGAUGUAAACAAGCUCAAGCCUCAUCUCAUGAAGGAAAAAUCAAAGGACGUAAUUGCCUCUAGAUGUUCUGGCAGUCGACCACAAAAAUGUUUCUGGCCUGUGAGCUCCAUCUGUAUCUAAAACACUGGUACGUUUCAUUGAUAGCAUCACCAGUGUCCAUUUCCAGUGCUGACGACACGCAUUGGCGUCGGGACAUUAACGCCGGCGACGUAGGAAUUGGUUAUCCCGGCGUUGGGUGUCUCCUCAUAGGCCACGUUUUUAAUAUUCUGGCGAUUUUGUCAGCGGCCUGAGAUCCUGCAAAUUUUAGGGUCGACAAUCUCCAUGCUGCUCCUCUUCUAAUGGAAUUUAGAUGCCUGCGAUGACAUUAAUAUUGACAUCAAUAUGCAUAUAAGAAUACUUUUUUUCUCAUUUUUGUCUCUAAAUCUCUUGUAGUUUUAUCUAACAACAUAGAUUCUCACUUGUAAGCUAUCACAAUUACAAUC